AUGGCACCGGAUAGAGGCAUUGAACACACUGUGACUUCAUCAGACGUGAUAUCACAACUUGGGUCACUUUCUCUCCACAAGGAGCCAGACUUAAAACAGAUCACCCCGGUCACAAACACCAUUGUAGACUUGCCCGAGUCAAUUCCUUCUCACCUCUCUCAUGACCCUGCCACGAAUGCGAAACGAACAAACCCGUUUCAGUUUGGACAGCGGUAUCUGUCCGAAUCCGACGAUGUUUUCGAAUACAACGCUUGGGACCAUGUAGUUCCAGACAAAUCACAUUACGAGUAUUGUGAAUCACAGUACGCGGCCCAGCGUGCGUCGCCCGUUUCCGAUUUCGACCGGGCACGUUUCAAUGAACAUCCGGAGAAAUGGUGGGAUCUUUUCUACAAGCAAAAGACAAGCACAUUCUUCAAAGACAGAAAAUGGUUGGUCCAAGAGUUUCCCGUUCUGAAAGAGGUGACAAGGAACGCGGCUGGCAAGAAAGUAGUCCUGGAGGUGGGCGCGGGGGCUGGAAACACCGCUUUUCCCAUACUGAGGAUGAAUGAAAACCCACAUUUGAAGCUUUUCGCGGUCGACUUCAGUAAAAAAGCUGUCGAAACCAUGAGAAGUGCAGCCGACUACGCGCAUGCGAACGGAGUAAUGGCCGCUGACGUCUGGGAUGUUGCUGGUGUGAAUUUACCUCCCGGUGUCGAAGAGGGGAGCGUCGAUAUUGUGAUUAUGAUAUUCAUCUUCUCGGCUCUUCAUCCCAACCAGUGGCAGCAGGCUGUCACUAACAUCCAACGGAUUCUCAAACCUGGUGGAGAAGUUUUAUUCAGAGACUACGGUCGAGGAGAUCUUGCACAGGUACGAUUUAAGGCGGGAAGGUGGAUGGAAGGCAAUUUCUAUGUUCGUGGGGAUGGUACACGAGUAUAUUUCUUCGAAAAAGAAGAGCUCGAGGCCAUCUGGGGCGGACCUUUCGGUGUAUUGAAUCUGGACGUGGACCGACGGCUGAUCGUCAAUCGCCAGAGACGAAUCAAGAUGUACCGGUGUUGGAUUCAAGGUCGUUUUCGAAAGAAAGAGAGUCGGGAGUGA